UGUCUCUGUAAAUUACCCAUUUCGAGCAUCAAAUAAGGUGUUUAAAAAUGGCUUCUCGCUUUCUUCUUUCUCUUCUUCUCUGCUCAUUGGCCAUUAUCUCCAUUGCUUUCGAGUCUGAAGUUGGUGAUGAGAGCCCAUUUACAUACGAUGAAGAUACUGGAAAAGGGCCGAAGCACUGGGGUAAUAUUGAGCCAGAGUGGCAAGUUUGUAAUAAUGGAAAAUUGCAGUCUCCUAUUGACCUUUUAAAUAAAAGGGUACAAACUUCAAGUAAAUUAGGGAAAUUGCAUAGAUGUUACAAGCCAGCUCCUGCAAGUGUAAAGAACAGGGGACAUGACAUUGCGGUGAUAUGGAAAGGAGAUGCAGGGAAAAUUAAGAUCAAUGGUACUGAUUACAAAUUGCAACAAUGCCAUUGGCAUUCUCCUUCAGAGCACACUUUCAAUGGUUCAAGGUAUGAAUUGGAGAUUCACUUGGUUCACGAGAGCUCUGAAGGAAAGAUUGCUGUUAUUGGAAUUGUUUACAAAUACGGCCGCCAUGAUCCUUUCCUUUCCAAGUUAUUCCAACACAUAAAAAGAACAGUGGAAAAAGAAGAAAUAGAUUUGGGAAUUGUGAACCCAGGAAAUAUCAGGUUUGGGAGCAGAAAGUAUUAUAGAUAUAAUGGUUCUCUUACUACUCCUCCAUGCACUGAGGGGGUUAUUUGGACAAUAGUCAAGAAGGUGAGGACAGUUUCAAGGGAGCAAGUGAAAGCACUGAGGGAUGCUGUUCAUGAUGGAUUUGAGGCAAAUGCUAGACCGUCUCAGCCAUUAGAUGGAAGACCAGUUUACAUGUACAGACCAAAUGCGAAUGGUGCUUCAACCUAAGUCUAUAAGAACGAAAAAUUACAUAAAUAAAGAGAGGACCAAAUAACUCAAUUUCUAUGAAAUUGAAUUUAUAAGCGAGAGCUUGUUAUUUUCUAGUAUUUCUCUUACUCAUAUUUUGAAUAAUGUAUAUAUAGCAAUUACUUCGAAUUGGAAUUUGAAUUUUCUUUUUCAAUGCA